CUUGACUUAAUUCCUUUAUUACCCUGGGGUGGAAUAAUAAGAGCUGUAUGUUUCUAGGCUAUUGUCAAGCCUAUGGACCUUAAUCGUAUCAUCAGACUCCUUGAAGAGAAUGAUAAGGAUGACUUAAAAGAAAAACAACUUAAUAGUGUCACAAAACUGGUACAAUAUUAUCAGAAUGGAUUUCCUCUAAGGGACCUGGCACAGGUGUUUAAAAUCCUGGGUCUGUGCGCAGAUAAAAUUGAAAAGCAGCCCUGCUUUGUGGAACCUGCAUCUGACCUCAUAAAAUUGUGUGGCUUGCCAUUUUUGAAAAAGAAGGUAUCGGAUGAAAUAACCUACACUGAAGAUACUGCGAAUUCACUUGCACUUCUGGGUGAAUUAAUGAAAAUACCAAGUUCUAAAUUAAGGAUACAAAUUUGUAAGUGUAUUGUUGACUUCUAUCAUGCAGAACCACCAAAGAAGCAUAUUCCAGGCUACCAGCAGGUUAGCUCAUCAUACAAGAUCAAGAUGGCUGAAGUUGGAGGACUGGCAAAAGCAAUGGUCCAGUCCAUGUACUUGCUUGAAAAUCAGCUUGUUGAGAAACUUUGGGUUCUUAAAGUUCUACAGCAUCUCUCAACUUCUGAAGGUAAUUGCACUUUAAUGGUGAAAGCCCAAGCAGCUGGCAGAAUCUGUGCUCACCUCAAUGAUCCAGAUCCCUCAGGACAGCUCCUAUUUCGCUCAUCAGAGAUACUUUGGAACUUAUUGGAGAAAUCUUCAAAAGAUGAAAUUAUACAACAGCUCAGUAACUUGGAAUGCUUGCUGGCUUUGAAGGAAGUAUUUAAAAAUCUGUUUAUGAGGGGCCAAAGUCAUUAUGAACGCCAGCUUAGAAAUGAUAUAUUAGUUAUCACCACAAUUAUAGCUCAGAACCCUGGAGCACCAAUGAUUGAAUGUGGCUUUACCAGGGAUUUGAUACUGUUUGCAACUUUUAAUGAAGUUAAAAGUCAAAAUCCUUUGGUAAAAAGUCUUAAGCUUUCUAAUUCCUAUGAAGAUUUUGAGUUGAAGAAAUUGCUAUUCAAUAUAAUUGUGAUCUUAUGUAAAGAUUUAACUACUGUACAGCUAUUAAUCGAUGGCAAAGUUAUCUUGGCUUUGUUUACCUAUGUCAAAAAGCCAGAAAGACUCAAAAUUAUUGAGUGGUCUGCAGCACAGUAUGAAGAACUACAACUGCAUGCAAUUGCCACCUUGUCCUCAGUGGCUCCUUUGUUAAUAGAAGAGUAUAUGUCAUGCCAGGGCAAUGCUCGAAUCCUUGCCUUUCUAGAAUGGUGUGUGCACGAGGAUUCCUUCUUUAUUCAUGGUAACAGUUUUCACGGGACAGGCGGCCGUGGAAACAAGUUUGCACAGAUGCGAUAUACUUUACGACUCCUCAGAGCCAUGGUUUAUCUUGAAGAUGAGACUGUGAACACGGAUCUCUGUGAAAGGGGGGUUAUUCAUCAACUAAUAGGAAUCUUUAAAAAUAUGGCAAGCAAACCCGAUGAAAAGGAAGAGGCCAUUGCCUUGGAGAUCCAGUCUGAUGCCUUGCUCAUCCUGUCUGGGCUCUGUGAACAUUAUAUUCAGAGGAAGGAAAUGUUUGGAACUGAAGGAGUUGACAUAAUUCUUCAUGUAAUGAAAACAGACCCCAAGAAGUUACAGAGUGGCUUAGGCUACAAUGUUCUUCUUUUCAGUACCUUAGACAGCAUUUGGUGCUGCGUUUUGGGAUGUUAUACUUCUGAAGAUUAUUUUCUUGAAAAGGAGGGCAUUUUUCUCCUUUUGGAUAUAUUGGCAUUGAAUCAAAAGAAAUUCUGUAAUCUGAUACUUGGAAUAAUGGUUGAAUUUUGUGAUAAUCCCAAAACCUCUGCUCAUGUCAAUGCCUGGCGAGGGAAGAAGGACUUAACUGCUGCUAGUCUCUUAAUUAAACUGUGGAGAAAGGAGGAAAAGGAACUAGGAGUAAAACGGGAUAAAAAUGGCAUGAUUGUUGAUACAAAGAAACCUCUAUUUACUAGUUUUCAAGAAGAGCAAAAGAUCAUGCCCCUUCCUGCUAACUGCCCAUCUGUUGCAGUUAUGGAUGUCGCUGAGAAUAUCAGAGCAAAAAUUUAUGCUGUAUUGGGAAAACUAGAUUUUGAAAACUUACCUGGCCUAUCUGCUGAAGAUUUUGUCACCCUCUGUAUAAUACAUAGAUACCUUGAUUUUAAAAUUGGAGAAGUAUGGAAUGAAAUAUGUGAAGAAAUAAAAUUGGAACAGUUAAAACUAGUCACUUCAGAUAAAAUGUCUUUGGAAUCUAUUACAGCAGCAACAGAAAACAUUGGAAAGAUGGUUGCUACCCUGCAAAGUGAGAUGAUUGAAAGCCAAGCACGCCAAGAUGUGCAAAACGAACAAAGAGUGUAUGCAAAGAUACAGGCAACACAUAAGCAAAGAGAACUGGCUAACAAAUCAUGGGAAAACUUCUUGGCUAGAACAUCAAACGCUAAAACACUAAAGAAAGCAAAAAGGCUCCAGGAGAAGGCUAUAGAAUCCUCUAAAUACAGUGAACGACCACAAAAUGCAACAUUUCACCAUACAGUUAUUAAAGGUCUUAACACAACGGUGCCUUCAGGUCGGGUGGUGACAGUGGAAAGCACUCCUGCUCGGUUACUGGGAGGACCUCUGGCUGACACAGACAUCGCUCUUAAAAAACUGCCUAUUCGAGGAGGAGCCUUGCAGCGGGUGAAAGUGAAGACUCUGAAUGAGCCAAAAAAGAGCGUCCCUAUCUGAUGAGCUCGAGAACCUUUAUGAAAUAAGUUCUACUUAGAACAUUUUAGCAAAUGUAAGACAAAAAGUUAGAAUAAAUAUUUUUGAAAAUAUAAAAUUAAAGUCAGGAUAAUAUAGUUUAUUUUUAUUAAAAACAUCAAUAUACCUAUCAGAAAAGCAGUCACCACUAUCUCUGGAAAAGCUGUUGCUCCCUUAAAUGAAAUUGUAAAGUUUAUCAGUUAGGACUUU